GACACAGAUACCCGUUCAGUCGUUUUCUUAUACCCGUAGUGCGCAUUCCAAGUAGUAUAGAGUUCAGUGGUUCUAACUCAUUUUAAGUAUUCAAGAUAAAUAGUGAAUUUUAAAAAGCUAUGAAAUGGCAGUAAUACCCAUAAGAAGUAAGAGUGAUUUAACCGUAGGCCUAGAAAAAAUAUCAGAAAAUAAAGCUAUAAAACAUCAACGGAAAUUAAUAGAUGCUUGGGAACCAAAGUCUGAUGUUACUUCUCUUCGACAUGGAAAUAAAAUUAUUGGAGGAAUGUGUGCUGCAAGCAGUAUUAUAAUUAAUGGUCUAUUUAGGCGCAAAUUGAAAUUAUAUGAUAGGGGUCUAGUACUUACAUCCGUAUAUUCAUUAGCGGGUCCAAGUAUACUUGGAUCUUUCCUUUAUGAGAAAUCGAUCACAGAGGACUUAAUGCUGUAUAAGCAUGGAUGCCCACUAUGUUAUGAAUUAAAGGCAGCUGCACUUAUAAACACUACUGCUAUACUGUUUCCAAUAAUCACAAUGCCAAUACUUAAUCUUGGGUGUGCUGCAAGUUUAGGAUUGAGAGUGCCUUAUCUCACUGAAGUAGGAGAACUUGCGAAAUUUUGGAUAAAUGUUGUAAAACCAGCAUCUAAACAUCUGGCAACUAUGUUUGUCAUGAAUUCAUUUAUAGCUAGUAUGUUAGCCAGGAAGCAAGCUAACUCAAUGGAUAUUAUUGCAAAAGUUGUAUUACUAGUGCAAAAGGAUAUUAGGGAACAGGAAACUUUCUCAAUGAUUGAACAAACUGAAUGUUAA